AUGUCAAUAAUAAAUAAUAAUAGCUAUAAUAAGCUGGUUAAUUUCCCAUUCUUCUUAUUAAGUUAUAUUAUUAGAUGUAUUGAUGAUAACAUCGAUAGAAUAUGUUGGAGUCUAGUCUGUAAACGAUGGUUCGAACAAAGAGACAAAUAUCUAAUAUUCAAUAGCGAUACACUCAACAUUGACUCUCAUCAUAUCAACUUUUAUCUAAAAUCAUUUAAAUCGAUCUAUAUAAAAUCAUUAGAGUUAAAGAAUAAUUGUAACCUCUUCAUUGGUUCGAAAUAUAAUGUUAGACCACAAAUUGAUUAUUUCAUUGAUGGAAAUAGUUUAGAAUCAUAUAAAUCAAUACAAUCGAAUGUAGAUAGAGUCAUUUUAGAUUCUACUCCUGGCGUACCAGCUAAUUUCAAUGUGGAUAGAGACUUGCCUAUUGACUCUGAGUAUCUGGCAAAGCUUUUGCAAGAUUCCAAUGUCACUAGAUUGGAUGACUGUCGAACUUUGAAACAUAGUUUACCGACUCGCUUGAAAUCUCUGUCGUUCUACGGUGAUUUCAAUGAGAAGUUGUACAAAGGCUGCUUACCAGCUGGCCUGAAGGAGCUCAACGGGUUGAAUGUCGAUCAGCGAAUAGAGAACGGUUUGUUCCCUGAGGGUCUGGAGAAGCUGGAGCUUGGAUACAGCUAUAGUGAACCAAUUGAACCGGGUGUGCUACCGGUGUCGUUGAAGCAUAUCAGCUUCCAAAAUCAUCAUAAAUACAAGCAGGAACUGUCGCACGGUGUUUUACCACCGAGUUUAGAGUCGUUGGAGUUCUCCGGUGUUCCUCUGCCCAUUGAUAGUCGCGUGUUACCGCAUACUCUCCAUACACUCUACGUUGCACCAACGCAAUGGAUCUCAAUCAUAAAGACACUGCCAAACCUAAGGAAUCUAUCUUUCUACGACACGGCAAUAAGGAACAAUAACAUUAGAAACGAUGCUACACUGGAGGAGACAAUCGACUUGAGUGAACUACCGAAAACUCUGGUCAGACUGCGAUUCCAUUCAAAGUUUAGAUUGACAUCGACACUACCCCAAUCGAUAAGAUAUCUCGGUAUAGAUAAAUGUAUAUAUGACAUAGAGGAACUGUUUGAAAAGGAUACCAUACACUAUCAGUUGGAAGAGUUGAAAGUCGGUUGGUUUCCAGCUGUAGAUUCCAAACAACAUCAGGUAUUCUCACAACUAAAGAUAAGGAAACUGUCGUUGGUAUCGAUAGAUCAACAGUUUGUAGCUGCUGGACAGAUACCGGUUGGUAUCGAAUCACUGGAUCUAUCGAUGGCCUAUGAUAUUGAGUUGGAGCAAGGAUCGAUACCGCAAUCUGUAAAGUACUUGAGGUUGGAUCACAUCGAUGGAUUGGUUCGACCAGGUUAUAUUCCGGAAUCCGUCGAGCAACUGGAGCUGAUUAACAAUUUCUAUAUGGACAAUGAGUUCCAGCCAGGCACCAUACCGAACACCAUGAGAACGUUGAUAUUGUAUUUCUCACCGAAUCUACUUCAGUCGAUACCGAAAUCGUUGACCAACAUCAUCUUUAGAGCACUACCAAAGUGGCAUCACGCUUGUCACGUUAGAAACACUACUAUUUCACGAAUCGUUUUUUAUUGA